AUGGCGGCAGGAGUGGACCUCCACAGUGCGGCCAACAACAGAGAACACCGCACCCAUGAAAUCAGCGUCCAGGAGCUGGUGGUCAGGCGGGGGCAGCCCUUCAGGCUGACCCUGACCCUCAGCGAACCGUUUGACCCCGACCUCCACCCCCUCACCAUCACCGCAGCCACAGAGAUGGCCUUCAACAAGAUCAAAACUCCAGGGCCUGAUGUCGAUGAGCUCACUUUCAAUGGAAGCCACACCCUGUUUGCAUGCAGUUGGGGAUGGGUGGAUGACAUCUGA